AAAUAGAACUGAUAAAUAAUUCAAUAGAUACUGCGGAAUAGCCAGCAUGUAAUAUCACUAGCAAAAAUUUGAACACCAAUACAGUUAUACGUUUCUAGAAAACACCAUUUUUAGGGAGACCACGUGAAAAUGUCGAAACGAUUUGCAUCGGACUUAAAUUAUGGAGAUUCAAAGCAAAGAAAAAUUGAGAAUAUUUUCAGUGUUAAAACGAAGAAUAUUCGUAUAUUCCAAGAUUCUGUGCAUGGAGCAGUAAAGAUGGAUCCACUUCUGGUAGCCAUUAUUGAUACACCUCAGUUUCAAAGAUUAAGAGACAUCAAACAAUUAGGUUCAAGUUACUGGGUGUUUCCGGGAGCAUGCCACAAUCGAUUCGAACAUUGCAUUGGAACAUCUUACUUGUGUGGUCUCAUGUUGGAAACAUUAAAAGAACUUCACAACACCGAGUAUGAUAAUGCUGUCGAAAUAACAGAGACAGAAAUUCUUUGCGUGAAAAUUGCUGGCUUGUGUCACGAUCUAGGACAUGGUCCAUUUUCGCACACGUUCGAUGGAACAUUCAUAAAACGUGCACGACUAGACACAAGAUGGACGCACGAACAAGGAUCGUGUGAUUUAUUUGAUUACAUGUUGGAUGUAAACGAAGGUUUACGAGAAAUAUUGACGGAGAGAGGUAUUGGGGAAAAUGAAUGUGAAUUGAUUAAGCGGAUGAUAAAGGGAAGAGAUCCGAAACAAGACUUCAUCGUGGAGACUUGCAACUGUGGAGGAAGAACUGCAGAAAAAUGGUUUCUUUACGAGAUUGUGUCCAACAAAAGGACUGGUAUCGAUUGUGAUAAACUUGAUUACUUUGCCCGUGAUACGCAUCAUCUUGGAAUGAAAAACACGUUUGAUAUUCAACGAUAUCUUCAAAAUAUACGCAUUUUAUCCGUGGACGGACAGCUACAAAUAUGUGUUCGUGACAAAGAGAUGUUUAAUUUGUAUGAAUUAUUUCACGUUCGUUGGGCCCUGCAUCACCAAGUAUAUCAACACAAGACAACAAGAAUCAUUGAAGAAAUGAUAUGUGAAGCGAUGCUGAAAGUUGACAACAAAUAUGGUAUCUCAGCUGCGAUUGAUAAUAUGGAGAGUUACACAAACCUAACAGACUCCAUAAUAUACGACAUUUUGAGAUCUAAUGAUGAUGAUCAAGAUUUAAAGGAUGCGCAAGAACUUAUCAAGAGAAUACAGAAAAGAGAUUUUAUGAUGUAUUUUUGCGCUCGCAUUAAUUCCAGCUCCACUAAACGUGAAUCUGAUGAAUUACAAGAAGAUAUGAUUGCACAAGCAAUCAUAGAUACAAGUUAUGGUGCUUUGGAAAGGGAGGAUCUGUUUGUAGAUAUCAUUUCAAUUGGAUAUGGGAUGAAAGAUCAAAAUCCAGUCGAAGAAGUGAUUUUCUUCACCAAAGAUGGAAAACCAAUAAAAUUACGACGCGAAUAUCUUAGCGAUAUAUUGCCAAAUUCAUUUCUUGAAAAGCUCAUUCGAGUGUAUUGCACAAAACGUGAAAAAAGAUUAGCAGUUAAGAAUUCCUUUAAGCUUUGGUGCGAAGAAAACGGUUAUUUAAUACCAAAUACGAUGGAAGGCGAUACGUCUGGCUAUUUCACCAAUAUUUCAAACUCAGAAGCAUCAGAAAGUUUUUCAAAUAUCAGUACAAGUACACCGUGCGAUGUGAAUAAUAAUACGAAGUGAACUCAAUGGCUAAGAGAUAUUGCAUAUUUUUUAUGUUUUGUUAAACUUGUUGUAUUUUCUCAAAUUAUCAGUUUCUUUUAUAUAGCCACGCCCUGAAAACGUGGUAAGAGUCCUACAAGUACCCUAUCUACACUGAAUAAAACAAAUAAAGAAAUAUCAAUAGACCGUAAAGGACGAACAUCCAUGAACAUGAACAUCCACCUUGCUUUUUUUUUAGCAUCUGUGAAAUCCAAUUGGUUCUGCUUCUGUUCCUAAAUUAUUAGACUGAAGUGCUGCUUAGAUGAUCCUCAUUCAUACAUUUUCUCUUUACUUUAUCUAAACAUAACACUGAGAAAAAUGUGGCUAGCUUCGACCUCUAAUAAAGCGACAACGUUUCCUCCUAGGUUUGGGAGACGAUAUAAAAAACAUACCGUAUAUUAUAUACUUUAUUUUUUUUAUUUAUUACAAUAAAUUAUUUUAUAUAA